AUGGCCCUGACCCUUCGGAACGACGCCAUCGACGUUCGCGGUCGUAUCUUGAAGACGGGAGCCGGCGUCAAGUCGUCCAUUGCACACCAGCAGCCCUUGGAUGCCGUCAAGUCCCAUGGGUCCUCGUCUCUUUCCGACAAGAUCCCCGCCGAGCCCGCCCCCUCGUCGACUCACGUCAUGAACUGCAACGUCGACACCGACCACAUCAAAACAAUCAAGGAAAAGUAUGGCCUCGCCGACAAGAUCCACUACUUCAAGCGCUACGUCACCUUCAACCGCAAGCCCAUCCAGCGCAAGGGCUACACCCUUUUGGAACAGGACUUCCUCCCCCAGAAGUUCAAGACUGUUGAUAUCAGCCAGUCGUACGCUCCCGAGGAAUGUGUCCCUCCUCUGGAAGUUCCCGUUACCCAGUCUCCCUACCCCGCCACAGUGAACGCUUCCGACUUCAUGUUCGCCGUCUCCACCACCUACAAACGGUUCAAUGACCCCAAGACGAGCCCCAUCAAGGAGUGGUCUCACUGGCUUACCGACAGCAACGGCAAGUCCAAUGGCGGCAAGCUUCUACUGCUGCUUCUCGACGCCACCGACACCGAGCUCAAGGACGCCAGCGAUAGGCUCAAGAGGAUUGGUAUUGACGUUGACGUGGCGCACUCUGACCCGACCAUGGAGAUGGCCGUCCGCUACCUGACUCUCGUCCCCUACCUUUACAACCAUCCCGAGCGGAAGACGAGGAAGUGGCUUGUCACUUGCGACGAUGACACCUUUUUCCCCAGCAUGCACGGUCUCAUCGACAAGUUCGCCACGUUUGACCACCUGGACCCUCUUUACAUCGGAACCCUCUCCGAAGACGUCAAUGCUAUUCACCGCCACGGGUCCCAGGCUUUUGGCGGUGCCGGCGUCUUCCUCAGUGUCCCUCUCGCAGCCGCCGUCAACCAGCUUUACGAGUCAUGCAAGACGGAGCAGAAGGUCAAGGAGGCCAAUUCUGGCUGGGGUCCCCAGGGCGAUAUUCUUCUCCGCAAGUGCAUCUACGAAAACACCGAGGUCCGCCUCACCAACUUGUGGGAACUGUGGCAGCUCGACUUGUACGGCGAUCCGGCUGGCUUCUACGAGUCUGGCAUCAAGCCCUUGAGCUUGCACCACUACAAGGGCGGUGGCUGGCACUUCGCCAAGCCUUUCCAAUCUUCAAAGGUUGCCCACGCUUGCGGCGAGGACUGCUCCUACCAACGGUUCAUCACCGCCGACGAUUUCAUCAUCGCCAACGGCUUCAGCAUAGCCCACUACCCGCAAGGCAUCGACUUCAACCUCGACCAGAUGGAGCGAACCUUCACCCCCGCCCCCGAUGACAUUGGCUGGAACUUGGACUACAUGUUCGGUCCCCAGCGCAGAUCUCUGCAUAAGACCGGCCGCAAGAUCGCUUGGGAGCUUCAAGAGGCCCACGUGCAAGAGGAUGGAUCAGUGCUCCAGGUCUACACAAGGAGAAAGGAUGACGAGCGCUGGGUCGAGGAGGACGGCGAGCCCAUGAGCAAGAUUGACGGUGUCAUCGAGCUUGUCUGGAUCCCCUCUACAUGA